CGGCGCCGGGGCCCCGCCAGGGCGCGCACGCCCCCUGGCCCGACGGGCGGCCCUGGCCCGGCUGCCGCCCCCCACGCAGCCCCCGCGGCGGCCGUGUGCGCACCCCGCUCCCUGCGCUCCGCGGGCUCGGCGUUCGGUGACACCGCCUUCCAGCGUCCCAAAAUGGCGUCGCUGCUGCAGGAGGUGCUGUUCGAAACGCGCGGGCAGGCCCCGGCCCCCAGCAAGGACUUCUGCCAGCUGCUCGUCACCCGGCGCCAGGUAAUUUUCAGGUGGUGGAAAAUCUCACUUAGGAGUGAAAGUCGUGAAUCAAGACCUGGAGCAACAUAUGCAUCCCAUGAGGAUUUUUUGCAAAAUUCAUCUCUUCAGAUUCAGAUUGCAAUAGUGUUUGGUGCCAACAUUCUGGAACAUGUUUUCAAUCUGUGCCAAGGUAAAUAUGACCUCCUGGAACGGCUUCCUGUCGCUUUGCUCGUGCACAUCAUUUCCUUUCUGGACCUUGAAGAUAUUGCCAGGCUUUCUCAAGUUUCACGCAAACUUAAAAUGGUAUGUAACAGUAAUGCACUAUGGGAAAAUAUUGUGAAGAACUUGUGUGACACAAUUACACCAGAAAUGAAAGAACUUGCGCAGGAAAUAGGCUGGAAACAAUUCUUCUUCACAAACAAGCUUCAGCUACAGGUGCAGCUCCGAAGGAGGAGGCAAAAACAAGACGCCCAGAACAAAAACCUAACUGAAUAAAGAUGCAUUUUUUAUUGAAACAAUUGUUAUAAGGUGUGGAUUUGCUGUAUAUCAGGUCAGACAUACUGACUUUUCUGCUUUACUAGGGAAAGCAGAUUAUUCUAAGGAUUGAAAGAGCAAAAACAAAACUUGUCUUACUCUGAGCAACAUGUAACUAAUAGAAUGUUUAAUAUGUUGGGCAGCCUGAAAUUGUAUUGUGGUCAGUAUUGUGACAGUUACUAGCAAUCGAAGAGGUUGUACCUUCUUUGUACUUCUUCAUUCUGACUUCUGUAUCUUUUAUAUACGCUAUGUGUGCCCCAUGUCUUCCAUCAGAUGCUAUGACAUUGUCAUCAGUACAGGAAACUGUAUUAUCAUUUCUUACUACAAAAAUUGCUAAUGACUGUUUUUACUAUCCACCAUGGUGAAUUUGCAGUGUUUAUAGGCAAGUCACACGUAGCUAGUUCCAGAGUUUGAUGUGUGUUUAAAUAUUUUUAAAUUAAUUAUUUAAACUUCAUGCAAAUAAUAAUUUUGUCACCAAGAAGAAACUUCUUUGGUGACUGCGAUUUUGGAUCAAAUUAUUGUCCUCAUCUUGGACAAUCCAUCGGAAUCAUACUUGAGACACUCCAGCAGAAUGGUAUACAGGCAGCAUUUUUCCUUGAUGUUGCUGAUGCAGGAACAUUUGAAACUAAUUGACUUCCAUUUUUUGAGUUGCAUAUUUGAUAGGAGACAUUUGUUAUAUUACUUAAGAGUGUUAAGACUAAGGCUGUUCUUACAUGACUGACUUGCUCCAACAAUCAUCUUCAGUAAUUCAGAGGCCAAAUAUUAUUACUCUGAAAGUUCCAGUUAAUUAAUAUAUCAUUUGCCAUUCACCCAAUGUGAGGCUUGAGUAUUAAAAACAGUGAUUGCAGUAUUUUUAUAUAAUAGUGUAAUAUUUGUAGAGUGUAUUAGGUUUACAAUUUUUUAACGUGUUAAGUGUUAAACUUGAAUUUUAUAAGUUGAUUAAAACUAUGCAUACAGGGUUCUUAUUCUGUUUCGUUAUAAAGCAGUAUUUUAAUUCAUAAAAUUUGCUAAUUUAGAUCAAUAAUAUUUUGUUCUACAACUAUAUACUAAUGUUCUUGAAGCAUGUGGUGAUUGUAGAUACCCAGAAAAAAAAAAACUUAAGUAUGUUCUUUUCUCUUUGUGACUAUUUCCUUUUAGAACAAUGACAAAUACAAAUUACGUGCAUAAAAUACUAUAUUCAUAGAAUCUCUGUUCUGUGUAAUAAAAAAACUAUAAAAUGUAAUUUUGCUUUAGAGAGAUGACUUUAAGAACUACAGUAUGUGAGCAGAGCUACUAAACAACAGACCCUCUUUUUUUCUUAGCUGGUGCUCUCAUAACAGAUUUAGGCAGUUUCAAGUUUGGAAACCAGAAGUUAGGCCAGCCCAUAUGGACUGAGCAAAUAUUAAUUUAAAAUCUUAAUUUGACUCAAUUUUGUCAGCCCACCUUCCCUUCUCCUUGAUCAACCAUGUACCUGUCCCAUCCGUCACAAGAAACAAGAACAAUCAUUUUGCAGGAUAAUCUUCAUUUUUAAGCUUAAAAAAUGAACUUAAUUAGUAAAUGAAGAGAAAGUGAAAUUUGGGUAAUGUAGUUUGUUCCUGUUAUAUGGCCCAGUAAGGACUUCUGUAGAAAGGUAUAUUGGAGACAUCAUGUGUUUUUCACUUAUGAUAAAAAGCUGAUUUUAAGGAACUAUUAAUACCGACUGUGUGUUGAUACCGCGCGUUGCAGUUCACUGCCACCUCAGUUGUUUAAUAUCACUUAUAAAGGCCAUACGUAACUAUCCUAUAUGAAUGAACUGAUCUAAAUCUUAAAGUAGUAUGGAGUUUUCUUAAGGUGUUCUUUUUUAACUUGGCUCAUUUCAGUGAUCUAUUUUAAAGUAUGUCCCUGCCCACAGUUGUAGAAGUGCAAAACUAAGAAGCCGGUGAAUUGCAAUAUAGAGCAAUGCGAUUUGUGGUUCACAGCUCUUUUUUAACCAACCUUGCAGCUAUAAAAAGAUCUGUAUAAUGACAUUGUUGCAUACUGAAUAUUUGUCCAAUAAAAUGGAAUAGUAUCAAUUGCUUUUAAAGUGUCCCAGCAGCAUGUGUCAGUAUUAAACUAAGAACCUGAUUUGUCAUGGAAAGACUUUCAUAGAACUAGCAUGAAAAAAAUAUACAGUUACUAUUAUUUGAUAGGAAAAUUAACAUCAGACUCGCAUGCCAAAGCUGAGAAAAGUUUGUCUUGCGCCACCAUACUAAACAUUCUGCAUUGGUUACCAUGCAUUUAACACUGUUUAUGAGAUCUUAUUUGAAUAUUUUACACAGUCUUUAGCUCUUGGAUACUCUGCAUUUCUGAUUUUCUAGUGAAUAAACAUCUCAAAUGUGACCAGUCUUACUUCAUGGUGUACAUGAUAAGCAGCAACACAACUGCUCAUAAUGUAACAAGGUUUUGUUAUUAAAUUAAUUGUAACAAAAUUUA